AUGACUCGUGCACGCCGCUUCUUCUCCCGCCACCUGUCCUUUCACUCAAAGAAUCGCACGACACUCAUCCCAUUCUUUAUCCUUUUAUUAUUUGCUUUCUACAUUCUAUGGCCUUUCACGGCUAGUUUGCGUUCCGCAUUGGAUACAUUCCCACCAACAAAGGAAGAAAUUAGGAGGCCAGACUACUCUCGAUGGCCGAGGGAGAAGAGGGCAGAAGCUGUUCGUGAGGCGUUUGUGCAUGCAUAUGGUGCGUACGAGAGGUAUGCGAUUCCGAAUGACGAAUUGAGGCCCUUGAGGAACUCGAGCGUCCAGAAUUUCAAUGGAUGGGGUGUUUCGAUGUUUGAUGCACUUGACACGCUUUGGCUCAUGGAUAUGAGAUCUGAGUUCGAGCGUGCUGUGCAUUUUAUCUCAAAAGUAGAGUUCCGAAGGCAUCGUGCAUACGAUGUAAUGUUUUUCGAAACAGUUAUUCGCUACCUCGGUGGACUAUUAUCCGCAUACGCGCUUUCUGGCAGACAAGUUCUCUUGGACAAGGCAGAUGAGCUGGGACAGAAGCUGCUUCCGUCGUUUAAUACUGAAACCGGAAUGCCUGCGUUUGAGAUUGACCCUGAUACAGGUUCAAUAAAGCUUGGACCACGGGACCAGAACGUGGUUCUCGCGGAAAUAGGAUCAUGUCAGAUGGAAUACAAAUACCUUGCGCAUUUGACCGGUAAUCGAAAGUACUAUACAUUGGUGGAUAGGACGUGGGACUGGUUUGAACGGAACCAGCUGGAGAACGGGAUGUGGUAUACGGAAUGGAAUGUUACAACAGGUCAAAUGUCAGAUAACCAUCUUACCAUCGGAGCGUUGGCAGACAGUGCUUACGAGUACCUUCUAAAGCAAUACCUAAUGUCUGGAAAGUCAGAACCACGACUACGGAAUAUGUAUAUUGCAUCUAUGACUGGUAUGAUAAAAAAUCUCUUGUAUCUCUCUCCAAAGCGGCAAAUCCUUUACGUUACCGACGUGUUCGUGCGCGACGGGGAAAGCGAACCGGAGCCAUCGCGGAAGUUUGAACACCUGUCCUGCUUCCUUCCAGGUCUCCUCGCACUUGGUGUCAAAACGUUAGGGAACGAACUCCCAGUCACUGAACGUGUUUUACACGGAUGGGCAGCGGAGGGUCUCGCGUAUAGCUGUUGGCUGAUGUAUGCGGAUGAUCCUCAUGGACUUGCACCAGAGGAAGCAUUAUUCGAGCGUGAGGAUAAUGGAUACACUCGGGUCGGUGGAGAAUGGGCUCCUGCAGAAGGAGUGGAACUUCGGAGAGACGAAAGGUGGUUUGAUGCAUACGAGCGGUGGCGCAUUGGGGGUAGUCGUGGGAAGCCGCCUGGAAUUCCGAUUGGAGACGACAAGGGCGUUGCGAAGCCCAUGCCACAUGCGGAUUCGGUAAGGAAGGAGUACUUUGCGUUGAAGAAAAAAUUCCUCUUGAGACCCGAGACUAUCGAGAGCUUGCAUGUGAUGUGGCGAACGACUGGUGAUGAAGUAUGGAGAGAUAGGGCGUGGCAGAUUUUCCUUGCUAUUGAAGAGAACUGUCGGAUGCCUACUGGUUAUGCGAGUGUAACUGUGGAUCGUCGAUCACCGGAUAGACUCUUUGCGUUGGAUGAGAUGCCUAGUUAUGCAUUGGCGGAGACGUGGAAAUAUCUGUAUUUGAUGUUCCGCGAUGGGUACAAUAACGAUAGUGGAAAUGUUGAUCGAGGCGAGCUCAUCCCGAUGGAUAAGUACGUGCUGAAUACCGAGGCACACCCAUUCCCGAUUUUUGAAUGGACAAGGGAAGAAAAGGAAGCGUUUGGGAUUCCGAGGUAG